CUAGCUGGCUUGCCUUUUGCAAUUCUCAAUUCAAGACGUAUUCCCUUCCAAAGAGGAGUUUUCUGUAGUGAUGAAUCCAUCCGGUAUCCAUACAAAGAGGACACCAUUUCUUAUAAGUUGUUAGCAGGAAUAAUUGUUCCUUUCAGUAUAAUUGUUAUAAUCCUAGGAGAGACCCUCUCUGUCUUUUAUAAUCAUUUGCACUCAAAUUCAUUUGUCAGAAAUAACUACAUAGCCACUAUUUACAAAGCCAUUGGGACCUUCAUUUUUGGAGCAGCUGCCAGCCAGUCGUUGACAGACAUUGCCAAGUACUCCAUUGGGAGACUGCGUCCUCACUUCCUCGCUGUGUGCCAGCCUGACUGGACACGGAUCAACUGCAGUCUAGGUUACAUUGAGAACUUCUCUUGUCAAGGAGACAAAGGAAAGAUCAAUGAGGGAAGACUGUCGUUUUACUCUGGCCAUUCUUCAUUCUCCAUGUACUGCAUGCUGUUCCUAGCACUUUACCUUCAGGCCAGAAUGAAAGGGGACUGGGCAAGACUUGUACGUCCUACUAUACAAUUUGGUCUCAUUUCUGCAUCCAUCUAUGUGGGUCUCUCACGUGUUUCUGAUUACAAGCAUCACUGGAGUGAUGUUUUAACAGGACUCAUUCAGGGAGCAGUGGUGGCUGUGCUCAUUGUUGUGUACGUGUCUGACUUCUUCAAAGUGAGAGGAUGCACAUUUCAACCAAAAGAAGAUUCCCAUACAACCCUGCAUGAGACUCCAACAAAUGGAAACCACUUUGGCAGCAAUCAUCAACCAUGAAGAAUGACUCACCUCACCUGUCUUGCUCUCUGGAAGAGAAACAAUUUCACAAGUCUAACUAUGUAAUAUAAGUAAAUGCCUUUAAGAGACUGCUGCUGCUCUUGUAUGCUCACUUUACCUGUAUAUAGUAACAGCUACCACAGUUAUUGUAUAGCUAAAUGUUUAAUUUUGUUGGUUCAAGCUCUUGCUUAAAACAAAAAAAGUUAUUCAAAUUGUAAAUUUUUAUUGAAAACAUGGUAACAGUUAUAUUACAUACACUGCUGUUUGUACAUGCCUUGUUGAAACAACUGUGGUUUAAAUACACACCAUUAAAGG